AUGGCGGGCUCAGACCUUGCUUUAGUUCAGACUAGUGCUGACGUAAUGGCGGUGGGACUGCCAGCGUCUAUUGGUGCCCCAGGUGAGGUGGGCCCAAAGCCUGUCCAUACUGUCAGGGAGGAGGAGAAGGGAGCCCAGCAGGCUGGGUCACAAGCUGAGUUGCCCGCAGUUGCUAGCAGAGAUCUCAGAGACAGGGUUCUAUCGUUUCAGAGGAAUGAGGGGAAAGAGUGCUCGGAUUUGGAAAUUAGUCCCUGUCCCCCAGUGAAGAGUGAGGAUUCUGAGUUGGCAUCAGCCCUCACCAUCCUGGUAUCUCAACAGCACUUUGAGGUGAAGCAUAAAUUCACGUGCACCUCUGCUAACCUUGCCUCUUGCAUUUGGUGUUCUCCAUGUAGCCCUCUCUACACUGGUGAGGUCAAGUAUCAAUGGUUGGAUAUGGCUUCUACAAUUCUGAAAUUUUCAGAUGGAAAUCAGAACACUCUCAAUACUAAAACUGCAGAAGAAUCAGGUGCUAUUAAUUUAUCUCAGAAUAAUACUUUGGAUGAUGAAGAGGAUCUUCCAAUACCUUCUACUGGGAAUGACAAAGCUUGUAACAAUAAACCAGAAUCCUAUUUGAAUCAGAGGAUGACACAUACAAGAAAAGUCAAGCUAAAGAGAAAGAGUACCUUGGACAGUUUAGGGAUCAAAAGAAAAUUGGAAAAUGAGGAAAAAUCCAUCAACAAAAAAGAACCAAAAAUAGUUGAACAUCAGAAUCCACCAAUCAUUCACUCACUUAGUCGUGUACCCUUAAAAAGUGUAAUGGAUGUCGAAAUGAAAUUGGUUUAUGUUGAUGAACAACAAAUAAUGUAUGAAUUUGUAGAAUCCCUAGAAUGCAGAAGUGCUCAGUCAGCAUGUGAAGUCACCAAAUCAGGAGAAUCUAUAAAUUCCUGUGCUUUAAAUUUGGCACCUCAGAUGGAUAAAUGGCUUGCCAAAGCUUUAAAGGAUGCAAGCUUUUACUAUCACCAGAAGAAGUAUUCAGUAGCAGCAGGACGAUUCAAAACAGCACUAGAGCUUUGUAGCAAAGGUGCUGUUCUGGGAAACCCGUUCUAUGCAUCCUAUGAAAAGAUUUCGAGCAUUGCCAGUUUCAUCGAAACCAAACUUGUAACUUGUUAUCUGCGUAUGAGGAGACCAGACCUAGCUCUUAAUCAUGCUCACAGGAGCAUUUUACUGAAUCCAAUUAACUUCCGUAAUCACCUUCGUCAAGCUACAGUCUUCCGUUGUUUGGAACGAUAUACUGAAGCUGCAAGAAGUGCUAUGAUUGCUGAUUACAUUUAUUGGCUACAUGGAGCAAAGGAACAGAACAUCAGCAAACACGUCAAGCUAUACUGGCAGGCAAUGUUGGAAGAAGGUAUCACACAAGCUGAAACAUUUUCAGUUAUGUACACACCAAUUGCAGUGAAACCAACUGCGGUACAAAUAGAAAAAAUAAAAGAGGUUUUCAGGAAUAAACAUCCUUCUUAUACCAGCUACCUUUAUGCAGAUCCUGGUACAAAUCAUAUCCUGCCUCAGACUGUUGACUGGUCUGAGGCCUUCACACAGCAUUACAUGCUAUUACUUGGUUUCAAGAAUCCAGAGGAUGGAAACUUUUUGGAAAAGAUCAUAAGUAGAAGGUCACCAACAUUCACAGAAUCUAGAACACCAUUUUGGUCACUUACUGUAAAAGAAGUUGAGAAGAACAUGGAUAUCCUUGGGAGGAGGAUCCUGCCAGUUUUAGAUUUUACACUGUGCACUAAAUUAGCUGGGGGGAUUUGUCCAGGUGUCGGUGUGCUUGAGAAACUACAGUAUGCCAGUUAUCUGAGUCAGCUAAAACGAAUGAAGGAGCAAGCACAAGUGAUUAACCAAACUAUUGCAGAGUUAGCCACCAUGCCCUAUCUACACGAAAUGAGUCAACAUGAAAUUGAAUUGCUGCAUUCAUUAAUGACCGAGGCUGUUGAUACUCUUGAAGGAAACAAGACCAGUGGAGAAUGUGUUUGGAGCAAAACUGAAAAGGUAGAAAUUUCAUCAUGA